AUGGCGUCCGAGAGAAAUGUCAAAGGAUAUAUCCUGGUACUCGCCGUGACUGUUUGCUCGGUAUCAGCUUUCCGGCUUGACCAAGAAUUGGACCUACUCAACAGAACGAAUCUGGGUUAUGCUGCUCUACACGGAAUGACUUUGGAAUCUGUGGAUGCCGUGACAGCCGAUGGCUGGGUCCUCCAGCUUCAUCGAGUCCGGAACAUGAAGACUUUCAAGAAGUCCCUCUCAGCGCCUGUGCUCCUCUCGCACGGUUGCGCCUGUUCUUCCGUUGACUUCAUGGUCAAUCCGCGGAAUGAGAGCUUGGCUUUCAUGCUGGCCGAUCGCGGUUACGACGUCUGGGCGAUCAAUUACAGAGCGAAUAAAUUCAGUGACAAGAUGAUCAAGGGCGGAAGGGCCACAAAACCCAAUGCAACCGACUUCUAUCGCGCAACGUGGCAAUAUAUGGCCGAGUACGAUUUUCCCGCUGCUCUGGAUAAAGUACUCCAGGUCACCGGGCAGAAGAAAGUAUAUCUCAUCGGGCAGUCGAUGGGAGCUACCACCUUGUUCGCCGCCUUGUCUGAGAACAAGAAAUACGACGAUAAGAUUCUCCUCUACGCGGCGCUCGUUCCGGUGAUCAGAUUCGGAAAUGAUACCGCGGAAUCCUUGAAAGCGUCUUUUUCACUCGCACCUACUAUACCUUCGUUGGCGGGUCCGGAAACGUUCGAAUCUUUGUUCGGUCGUCAACUCUUCGAUUUGAGUAUUCCUGGCGUCGAAGCUCUCAAGGAGUUCAUACAGAGCACAGUCUGCAGCAAAGUACCGGAAUUCUGCGAAUUGAUGUCUAGCCUAAUGGAAGCCCUGAUGGGCGGAAAUGCUAACCCCCACAUCAAUCAGACACGCGAGGCUCUGUACAACAUUCAUAAUCCUGCGGGUGUGACGGCGAUGAAUCUGUAUCAGUUCGCGCGUCAAUUCGGCAAAUCGGUCUGGGAGAAGAUGGACUACGAUGAAGUCGCACAGACUGGAAAAACCAACAUGCAGGAAUACGGAAAGACGAAACCGCCGCGAUACAACUUCUCCGACGUGACUGUCCCUGUCCAGUACUACUUCACGAAAAACGACAAGUACUUUGGGGUGGCUACGGCACAGUCCCUGAUCAAGGAUUUAGGAAUCAAAGAUUCUGAUUACAAAAUGAUAGACGGAAACGGGUUGGAGCACCAUGACACCGUGUGGGGCUGGGAUGCCCGUUGCUACGUCUACGACCACUUGCUCGAUCGUCUCGACGCCUUAGAAUCAUCGAGGAGUCUGAUCAGGAAGGUAUUCCGACAGAGAAUGUCAAGGUCUGCGAAAAGCCUGCCUUUCGAAGACGGUUGUCCAACCAAGCCCAAAAGUCGAGCAUGAUUUAAGCGGGGCACCCAAGAGGAUCCCGUGACUAGCUAGCGUCAAGUUCAAGUUUUGCUGCUUCUCCGAAUGCUGAGUAAAUCGCUCGAAUG